AUAACUAAAGGCUGGUCCAAGGUGAGCCUGGCCGGCCCUAACUGCUUUGUCAAAAAGGAAAGUUUUAAGCCUACUUUUAAAUAUAGAGAGGGUCUUUGCUCCCUGGACCAAAUCUGGAAGAUGGUUCUACAGGAGAGGAGCCCUAUAGCUGAAGGCUCUGCCUCCCAUUCUACUUUUGGAGACUGUAAGAACCACAAGCAAGGGGUUAAUAGAAUUAUGUGAUGCUUACGGCAUAGUGUAAUUACAUUUUUUUUUUUUUUUUAAAAAAGUUUGAAGUUUUCAUGCUAAUUUUAAUGAAUUGUCCCAGAUAAUUUUAGUUUGGCAGCUUUCUCAAAGGCCUCAUAUUAGAAGAAUCGAGAGGAUUUAAAACUAAAUAAUUCAUAAUCAAUGUAUCUCAUAUAAUGAACCUAGAGCCGGGAUACGCCCGAUAUCAAACCGCGCGGACCCGGCUAAACAGCCCCGCCCAUUCCGCUCUCAUCACUGUAGUACCAGAAAUUAGCUCUCAACUUAUUACUGUUGUUUACAUUGCAACGCGGUCCACCCCGAGGUCUAUCUUCCAGUCCCCGUAAACUGUAACUAUAACGCCGGCAGACCACUUCUAGAGCCGGAGUUACAAAACCUAAAUCCGGGAUGUGCUCCGUCGUCGGUUGUGAUUCGUGGCGUCGCAGUGCGCAACGCUUCAAGUUACCAGAAGAUCCAGAGAAGAGACUGGAGUGGGUCCAGUUUCUUGCCGAAGUCAACGGGCAACGUUUUAAAGAAUCGUGCUGGACUGAUAUCACUAUUUGUAGGGAACACUUUACAAAUGACUGCUAUGAAACCCUGACUGACACGGUCCACCUGAAGCCCAGAGCUGUUCCAUCACUGUGUUUCAAGUCAGAGCCAGAGGAACCUGACCCGGACCAUGUGAGCCCUAAAUGUGAGGACCCUGUGGACACGACAGAAGUAUCUACUCUGUGUGAUCAAUUUAAAACAUGUGACAGUCCAACUUACUAUUCUGAAGAAUCUUCAACUUCAGCAGCUGCCCAAGGAAGCCCAGCGCCGAGUGAUGACUCAUGUUCCGAUACUUCAGAUGCUUUCAUGUGUGAUUAUGGUCAGGUGCUACAAAGAAUUGUGAACCUUGAUGUGAUCAGGGAAAAGGCUGCACUUCUUCAGAAGAAAGGGCAGUAUGUUGUGAAUGAAAAACGACUCCUCAAGUUGUUUAGCUGCAAGUGCCCUUUAUGUGGGUCUAAAGUGAAGCUGGAGAAGUUCACCCAUGGGAUUCUCAUCAUUGUGAACCAACAGUGCCUUGAAUGUGAAUACAGAAACCAGUGGAAGAGCCAGGUCAAUGCUAGUGUCCCAACAGCUCACCUGACAGGAGGCAUAGAUGUAACUCCAGAGACCCAAAAGGAAGUCCCAACAGAUGACAACAGCAGCGUCACUGGUGUCUCUGAGAUUGUUGCUGUUAUCGAUGAGCAAAGUGAUCCAAUGGAUGAAACCGAAUCCAGUGAUGAAGGUGACAUGGAUUCAGAUGAAGAAUGGAAUCCAGCAGUGGAGACUUUAGUGGCUAAAGGGCUUCAAAGUGAAUCUGAUGAGGAAAGUGAAUACGAAGAUGAUGAUAAUCCUGUCCCCAAACACAGUCAGCUCUGCACAGAGUGUGGAAUAUUUUUCAAUAAAUUGAAGCCUCACACUUGUGAGCAUAAAAUUAAACCCUAUUCUUGCAACAUUUGUGGCAAGAGAUGUGUCAGUGAGACUGCUCUAAACUCUCACAGCAGAGUCCACGAUGACAACUAUGAGCAUCGGUGCAAAUACUGCCAUGUUACAUUCAAAACAAAAGUGGACAAAAUCACUCACGAACAGAUCCAUCUGACUCAAGGAAAACCGUAUAAAUGUCCAGACUGUUCAGAGACAUUUGCUACCAAUAAAGAACGCAGAAUUCACCUGGAAGAUCACAGAGGCCCCAGGCAGUUAAAAUGUGACAUCUGUGGGUUUGAAUUUGACCGUCCCCGUUCUCUCCGGAGACACUUACUUGUGCAUAGUGGAGUGAAGCCAUUUAAGUGUUCAGUGUGCCAACGUGGCUUCAACCAGCCAAGCCACCUCAAAUCCCACAUGCGCCUACACACAGGGGAGAGGCCUUUUAAGUGUCAGCAUUGUGACAAACGCUUCAAUCACAACGUGAGCUUGAAGAGUCAUGUGCAGCGUUACCACACAUCCAGUUCUGGAUGUGAAUGGAAGAAGGGUAAGAUACGUGACGUAGAAAGCGGCACUGUUGGGGCUCAGGAGAAGGAGAAGAGAGGCACAGAUUCUAGGCUUGACAUUGUUGAAGAGUACAAUAAAGAGGAAGUGCAUAGGGCGAAAGUAGAGAUACCAAUAAAGAAAAAGAGGAACAUAACCAGACCCAUAGGUCGGCCCAAGAGAAAUGCUGCAGGCAACUUUGUUCUGGCAGAACAAACAGAAAGUCAAGGUUCAAACACUAAGACUGCCAAAGUUAAGGGUCAAAAGUCAAAGAGAGCUUGUUACAGUGAUGAAGAAAGUGAGAACGAGCCAACUGACAGUGAGUUUGACUCAUCAGAGGAGCAAGAGGAGAGAAGCACGAAAGUGACAACGAGCACAAGCAGAUCAAGAGGAAGACCACAAAAUUCUGACAGUGAUUCUGAUUUUGACCCAGAAGGAAUGAAGAAAAAGAGGUACAGCAGUCAAAACAGUGGCAGGGCCUCAGGGAAGCGUAGAGGAAGACCAAGAAAGAAUCUAGAAGUUGAAGAAACUUAGAAAGACAUUGAGCUAAAGAAGUUAUUGAGUAUUUAUGAAAAGAAAAGAGAAAUACAAUUUUGAGGGUCAGAACUGGACUGUUUUCCAUUAUAUAUUUGAACAAUUAUUAGAAAUUAAAUGUGUGUACACUUAGUCCAAGGCCUUUUUAACUUUCAUUGUUUUUUUACUGUUUGAUGUUACUGUUAAUAUAAUAUACUGUUAAUAUGUCAUGUUGAUUUUUUAGAUACUUUUCAUGUACAAGCGUUUGUGUAGUGAGAUGACAACUGAAAGAGCAAUACAGUGAUUUGUUGAUCCCCACAAUUGAUCUCUUGAUUAUUCUAAU